AUGUGCAGCGAUGUUGCGUUAACUAAAUUUGGCACUUUAGUGGAAAAAAUAAAGUCGUCAAAUCAUUCAGACAACUUGGAAGACUCCCUUGCCAUCAUAAUAAUUGAUAUAAUACAUCAAACGGGUCAAGUAAGCAAUGAAAUAAUUGAACAGUACAAUACCAUUAUGGAAGAAUGUAAUACUGAUAGUGAAUUUAAGAAGAACAAUGAAACACUGGAUUUAAACUUACAAAUACUAGACUAUUUGAUUGCAAAUUACAAUUUUCAAAUUGAUUGUAAACUGAAAUUUUUUUGCAUUACUUUCCAGAUGUUUCUACGCCUACAAAGUAUUCAGCCAGGCAUACUCACCGUUGAGGAAAUAAUCAGAUACACUGCUACAAGCACUAAAAUUAAUGAUGUUCCUACUUUUAUACGCCUGAAAACCAAUUUGUUACAACUUCUUGUACAAAAAAACGAUGAAAUUCAAAUGUAUACUAAGGAUAUCGUGAACAGUUAUAAUCAUGAAUCUGAGAUCUACCUACUACUACUAAAAGAAAAAUCAAACGUCUUCAUCUACGACUUGCUGGCUAUGGUUUUCAUAAAGUUGUCGGUUGUUACCAAAACUGUCUAUAGGCUCACAUUUUUAGUGAUUGCUACUAUUUACAGUAUAUUAUCUUCGGAAUUCAAGCCCCAGCUUCUUCACAAGCUUGCAAAAGAUGGCAGUAAAAUGUUUGAUAAAUCAAGCGGGCUAGUUUAUCGCUUUACGGCAAAGGAGUUUUUUCAUUUGUGUAAAAUGUGUCAGCAACGAGGCAUAACAAUAAAUGACCUAAAACAGCUGAUAGCUAAAUUCUCCCUUGAAGAAGAUAAACAGCAUAUGAACAUACCUUGGAGUACCCUAACAUUUGUUGACAAGAAAAAUUCUACGGACAUUUUGCACUCCUUUGAGAAUAUGAACAUAUCAGAAGGUCUAUUAUCUACCGUGACCGAACGUCCCGCGUCGGAGUUACUCUCGAGCAAAUCCUUUAUCAGCACUUUGGAGCAUACAAUUAAUAACAUUGACUUCACCAAUGUGUCGGUGUAUACUUCUUUAUCAAAACUAAUUGUCUUUGUUGCAAAUAAUAUAAGUUACUCAAAGUAUAUAUUAAAACUUUUUGACAUUGUUACGUUGAAGUUUAAGAAUAUGAAAUGUACUGAAUCUAACUUUUCAUUUAUUCAGUUGAAUUUAAAGAGGAUGGCUCACUCAGUGGUGGCCCUUAAUGAUACUAAAAGGGUUAUUAACUUCCUACGAUUAUUCUACAACUUUGGAAAUAACUUGUUGAAACAAAACUCUGAACUAGCAUUGACAUUCUGGGAAUUAUUUGUUUAUACAGACAUGCACCUAGCUGGAUCUGCAGAAUCAAAGCUCUCUACUAAAAGGAUCACUACAGCUAGUAACUUGACACUAACAACUAAUGAUGCAAAGACUGCCUUAUUGAUACAGCUGAUGUACAUCAAGAACAGGCUAAGUAGAAUAUCAAAGCUUCUAACUUGCAACUUGUUAUUAAAAAAAGAGUAUGACUCUUGCUUGAAAAUUGUUACUCAGUGUCUUAUUCAUGAUAAUGCUUUACUAACACAAAUUUUGCAAUAUACAAGCAAAGACAUACUUUCAGUUUCAAUUUACUUGAACGUGAUAGAGCUAGUUGAGGAUUCAAAUGCACCUAUGAAGGAAGGUUUUAUAAGUUCUAUAGUCCUCUUACUGAAAGAAAAUUUACGUGACACUGGUUUGUUCCUUUAUUUUUUAUCUCAUGUCUCUACUAUCGUGCAUUUCCCUAUCAGCUUCAAGAGUACAACAUUAGCUUUCAGUGAAGACUCUGCUGUGUUUGAGUAUCAAGAUUUAGUCAUUUCACAUUUAUACAUACUUCAAACAUUUUCUAAUUCAAUUGACGCUUCUGAAAUUGUGUUGAAAAGUUAUCACCUACUUUCAAGGUGGGUUUUACAAACAGAUACAUGCUUUUCUGACUAUGAAUUUACUGUUCUUCAAACGCUUUAUGAGGCACUGAAUUACAAUGAGAUCUAUAAAUAUUCAAAAAUGAUAAUCAAUAUAUACCUUAAAAAACGAAGAAAUUCUCUUGACCCUGAUCAAAAAAAGCUACUACAAAUGUAUUUAAUAGAUGCACAUAUUAAGGGUGAGUUUUCUGCCAAAAUGGAUAUACCACAAUUGGAAGUUAUUGGCCUAUCAAGUUACAACUCAUUAGACUUAUGUCUAAGUAUACUGGAAGUUAAGAUUAGAAGGGAUGAUAAACUAACAAAUGAUGUCAUUAAUGCCAUAUAUCUAGAACUUUCCCAGAACCCAGUCUUUAAAAUUCAAAAGCAGACAGAUAAAUACAAGGCAAUACAUCUCUUGCUUAUGUAUGCAAAGUUUUGCAAAUUAGUUGGACUAAGUAAUAAAAUUGAUCAUUUGAAUGCUGUGGUUAAUAUAAAUAGAGCCGUUGCGAUAUUACAAUCUCUAUUUAAAAAUUUCCUUCUGGCUGGACCUGAUGUCCCUCCUCUUAAUACAAAUUUUAAGUCAAUCCUAAAAAUGAAAUUUUCGUCUGAAAUGCUACAAUGUUACAAUUCACUACUUAGAAGGUACUCGACUUUAGGACUGGGAAAAGAAUUUGAUAGUUACUUGCGUGAAUUAGACAUUUUCAUCAAACUACAGCCUUCUAUCAACUUGCAAUACAGCUACAAUCUGGUAUUAACUGAAUUCAGUCUAUUCAAAAAUGCGUUUGAGGAUGCUAAAAAGUACUACUCGUUAGCAAGCCGAUAUGAGAAAUCAAUUUUUUCAGACUGUAACCUCUGUGUUACAAUAUAUGCAUUGGCGGUUUCGGAAAACCUUGCACGUAGAACAAACGAUACAGAGAAUGUCAAGGCUAUAUCGAAGAAGCUAGACAACUUUAUGUUCAAUUAUUUUAACACAAGCAACGUAGAUCAUCAACAUUCCGAAGUCAUCAAAGCUUGGAUUACAGCUUUAAAAAGAAGGUACGAAUAUCCACACGAUGGAGACUUAGAUGAUUAUAAGUACGAAUUUGAUCCCAUGGUGAGAGAGAUUGUUGAUUAUCAUAACUACAUGAAGGAGUUUAAAGUAAAUACAUUUUAUGCCUCUUCCUGCUACCCUAUGCUUAAUGAAAUUAUAAUCAAGACAACAUUUAAUCCAAUGACCACAAAAUUGAAACUGUGUAACAAAGGUUUAAUUGAAAACUUCAAGGAGUGCUCUUCGAACCAUUCAACAGAAGUGACAAAAUACACUCUAGAUAUGGCUUUUAGUAGCUUUCUUGCACUGCUAAAAAAUGAUAACUGCUCAAAGGUUGAUGAAGAGCUAACCCAAAUUAUUAAUAUAAACGACCACUUUAAAUCAAUCUCAUUGAGAUGGGACAAACAAUUUUCAAAGCUCACCAACAAAACUAAAUGUUUUCUACCCGAAAUUAGCACCCUUUCUGAUUUUGGUUUUACACAAAUGAAGAAGAUAAACCUAAAAUCACUCAUGCCCAAGGAUUGGGUUGCCAUUUCUAUUGACUAUGUGUUACCUACAAAUAGCUUAAUGAUUAUAAGGUUCGACCCAAGGUUCGAAAAUCCGCUUUUUAUUAACAUAUGUUUAGACUUAGUGGGGACUGAUAAUUCCUUUGGUAACGUUGCUGAAAAAUUGCGGCAAAUUAUUAUAAAAAGUGAUAAUACUACAAUGACUGAUGUGACUAGUAAGGUGAAGACUCAUGAUGAGAAGAUAGAAUGGUGGAAUUCCAGGAAAUUAUUAGAUCAACAGCUAGAGGACACUCUCUCAAUAAUAGAUUCAGAAUGGUUUGGUGGAUUCAAUUCGAUUUUUCAAGCUAUCCAUGUUAAUGAACAUGACUUUAGGGCCAUUAAAGGUGAAGUAAAAACUUUACUUUCCGAAUAUUUAACAAAAAAGAACAUCAAACUCGAUCCUUGUCAACUGGAAAACGUACAUGACGGAAUUUACCGACUAUUUUUAAAGAUCAAUAAGGUAAAUGCUCAAAAAGUUGCAGAUUUACUAUAUUUUAUUAUCAUGCACAUAUACCCCCGUUUUGACUUAGGGAAAAACGAACUUAUUGAUCUUGGAAAGCAUCUUGUAAGAAAGAUCGACUCUAUAAAGCAAAAUAACGUUCUUUCCAAUGAAGAUGAUGUUAAGCACGUUGUUUUGGUUCUUGGUUCAAGGUGUGUCAAUAUACCAUGGGAGUCGAUUCCCUCAUUGAGGAAAAAAUCAGUUUCAAGAAUGCCAUCCUUGAUUCAGUUACAAGAUUAUUUGAUCAAAUAUAAAAAUUACAUUGAUAGCGGUAUUGAUGCGUGUAAAGGGUUUUACGUCAUUAAUCCUGGUGGGGAUUUGAAAAGAACCGAAAAAACUCUUGCUCCUAAGUUUAAACACUUAGACGGUUGGGAUGGUGUGGUAGGUGAACCACCUGAAGAAAUGCAGAUAUUGAAUUGCUUUAAUGAAGCCAACCUAUUUAUAUAUGCAGGGCAUGGUGGUGGGGAGCAAUAUGUAAGAUCGAAAAAUAUCAAAUCCAGAGAUACCAUUCCACCAUCAUUGUUACUAGGGUGUUCAUCAGGCACCAUGAAAGGCGAUGGUUAUGUCCAACCUUAUGGAACUGCCUACAAUUACAUCAACGGAGGUUGCCCUAUGCUUUUGGUAAAUUUGUGGGAUGUUACAGAUAAGGAUAUUGAUAUGUUUACUAUUUCGGUAUUGACUAAAUGGGGGUUUUUUGUUGAUUAUGAUUCUUUUGAUAUGUUUGAUUUAACCGCAGAAAACCGCACGCUUCCUGAAUGUGUUGCUGCAUCAAGAGAUGUAUGUAAGCUGAAAUAUUUGAACGGGGCAGCACCUAUUGUGUAUGGGCUACCUUUGAAACUGCAGAGCAUGUAA